AUGGGCAAGUCAAAGGAACCGCUGCUUCCCUUCACCUCCUCGACAAUCUCUAGGGAUUCGUCGUCCACCUCCAUUAAUGGCUCUUCCUCGCUCCCCACCUCUUCCUCCUCCUCCUCCCUCUCCUCCAACCCCAACGUCGCCAUCGCGCUUCUCCUCGUCUCCCGCCUUCGCGACGCGAUGCGGCAAGCAGCAGCGCAGCAGCGGCCAUGGCUGGAGCUCGUCGAUCGCUCCGCCUUCGCGCGGCCCGAGAGCCUCUCCGACGCCGCGAGCCGCAUCCGCAAGAACAACCGCUACUUCCACGCGAAUUACCUCGUCGUCCUCUUCCUCGCUAUAAUCAUCUCCGUUUUACACAACCCGUUCGCGAUUCUCUGGCUCGCGAUCCUCGCCGCUGCCUGGGGCUACACCUUCCUGUUCCGCCCCGGACCAAUCACCGUCGCCGGGCGGUCGUUCAGCGAGCGGGAGAAGCUAAUCAUCAUGUGCCUGUUAUCCGCGUUAAUAGUCUUCGGCCUGAGCCCUCUCGGGUCGGCGGUCAUGUCUGGAACGGUGAUAGGAGUGGCUGUAAUCUGCAUCCACGCGGCGUUUCGAGUCCCUGACGAUCUCUUUUUAGAUGAUUCCGCGGAUGGACUCGCUGGGCUGGGCUUGGGCGCAGGCAGCAACAGCGGGUGGUUCAACUUGCUGCUUGGAAGCAGCACAGGGGGCGUGGGAGGUGUGGGGGGAGUAGGGGCAGUGGGAGGAGUGGGUGGGGUUGGGGUGGGAGUGGGUGUGGGAGGGGUGGGUGGUGUGGGUGUUGGCAGAGGGGGGGUCGGGCUCAAGGGAAGCGGUACAGUAAGAGGAGGCAGCAGCGGUGCGAGCAAGGCCAGCAUUAGUAGUGUGAGCAAGAUGGACAUUCCUAGACGACACUCAUCAUCCACUCUUGAGUCAGUUGUCUAG